CCGGUGGUUUCCUGUGACCGUACUUGUGUAAUUUGUCUGUCAGACACCAGAAACGUUUGGGCAGCGGAGACGCAGUUUUAUCAAAUUUGUGGGCCUUAAAAGAAGCUGGGUUAAAAUGCUGUCGUCUGCUGUUGCGAAAAGGCUGGUAACUGGGAUGUGCCAAGCUGCUUGGAGACCAGCAGUCACAGGGCUGGUGUCAUCUCGUGGUUACCGCGGCGACUCUCCCGAUGACGGCAAGGCAGACCUGAUCGAGAUCCCUUUGCCUCCUUGGAACGAAAAUCCAAAUGAGCCCAUCAACAUCAAGAGACGCCGACUUCUCUACGAAAGCCGCAAGAGGGGCAUGUUGGAGAACUGCAUAUUGCUGAGCCUUUUUGCAAAGCAGUACCUGAACACAAUGACUGAGAACCAGCUGCAGCAGUAUGACAGGCUGAUUAAUGAACCAAGCAAUGACUGGGACAUCUACUAUUGGGCAACAGAAGCUCAGCCCACUCCUGAGGUCUACCAAGGGGAGGUCAUGGAUAUGCUGAAAGAGUUCACAAAAAAUCGCAAUCACGAGCAGAGGUUGGAUGCGCCCAGCUUGGAGUACCUGGAGAAGGAAAACCAGUGAGGUCCCAGGCCUUUUUAGAGACUCAUUAAAUUAAGUGUGAUAAAGCUUCAGAGAACUGCUUCAGAAGCUGAAUGUUGCUCCAGUCACACAUGGAAAAAAUGCACAAAAUAUUGUAAAAUAUAAAAUAUUUGGAAUACAUUGUCAUAUAUUGCUGUCCACCCUUAUAUAUAAAAUAAUCUAUCCAUAAAAGGCAGGUUACAGUCUCUGAUUAUUGGGAGGACAUUUGGGAUCAGACAAAGACUAAGGUAGUUCAACAUGAGGAACUUGCUCUGAAUAUAUUUUAUUGUAAAUGUGUGAUUUGUCAAACUGAUAUGUGUGUUAGAUCCUUACUGAAUGAGCCAGCUUUGAAUAAUGGCUACAAGCUGAUCUGUGCAAUGAUUUCAUUGUGCCUAUUAUUAACAUUAUGGGUUAUUUAAUAAAUGUUAAUGUUCUUCUCUUUA